GAGAAAGAACAUUGGUUUUGGCAUUUGGACAUUCUGACAACAAUGGAAGAAAUAAGACAGAUGCUUGAUAAGAAUGGCUACGCAUCUAAGACGGAAACAGAAAAUGGCCUCAUAGUCACAAAAAACGGCGAGAGAUUUCUCCUUGCAAAUUUUCAGAUGUCACCGGGCAACAAAUUAAUCACUGAGGUAAAAGCCCUCAAGGAGCUGUCGCAUCCUCACAUUAUGACCAUAAAGGAGUCUCUUGUUGAUGAACAUCAUAAAUUGUACAGUGUGGUACUGCAGUACUGUGAGGGAGGAAGUCUUGCUGACAAGAUCAAAGAAAAGAAACUGGAAGAGCAGGAGGACAUUCUGACAACAAUGGAAGAAAUAAGACAGAUGCUUGAUAAGAAUGGCUACGCAUCUAAGACGGAAACAGAAAAUGGCCUCAUAGUCACAAAAAACGGCGAGAGAUUUCUCCUUGCAAAUUUUCAGAUGUCACCGGGCAACAAAUUAAUCACUGAGGUAAAAGCCCUCAAGGAGCUGUCGCAUCCUCACAUUAUGACCAUAAAGGAGUCUCUUGUUGAUGAACAUCAUAAAUUGUACAGUGUGGUACUGCAGUACUGUGAGGGAGGAAGUCUUGCUGACAAGAUCAAAGAAAAGAAACUGGAAGAGCAGGAGGCACUGAACUGGAUGGUUGAAAUCUGCAUGGCACUGAGAACCAUUCAUGAGAAACAUUUGCCUCAUGAAGAACUGACAACACAGAACAUCUUCUUCACUGAAUUUGGAAAGCUGUACUUGGGUGGAUUUUGGAAAAAAAAGGACAACAUCUUCAAAUAUGCUGCGCAAACGGCACCGGAAGUUUUCACAAAUCCAAAAAGGGAUAUUUGGUCAUUGGGAUGCAUACUGUAUGAACUCUGCACUCAAAAACAAGUGUUUUCUGCAGAAAACCCUUGCACUAGUGGUUUCAACCCAAAUCUAGAUGACAAGUAUUCUGCAGAGUUUUGUGAACUUCUCAGUGACAUGUUGAGAAAAGACCCUGACUGCAGACCAACUGCCUGUGAGAUUUUGGGACGUCCCAUAACUCUGAAAUGUCUCCUGAAAAAGAGUGAAACAACUGUGAAAUACCUCCAGGGCCAGCUGGAAAAUCUGAAAGAGGUGGCAAACGGUCUGGAAAGAGUCCACAAGGCCGCCACCAUCAGCAGUCUAACAGGAGGAGUGAUAGGAGCGGCGGGCGGGAUAACAUCCAUAGUGGGCCUUGCUCUGGCCCCAUUCACUUUGGGAGCCUCCCUGAUUGUUACUGGGAUUGGGGUUGGAGUGGGUGUGGCAGGUGGGGUCACGGCUGGUGUCUCCAACAUCACAAAGAUGGUCACACAGUCCACUGAUCGCAAAACUGUUCGGGGCAUCCUCAAAGAGUUUAAUGAAAAGGUAAAAGCUGUUGCCUUCUGGCUUCAGGAGAUUAACCACAGUUUGGAGAAUAUGACGAAAGGCUCGCCAGCACAAAAGCUCAAUGGUGACAGCGGCUGUCAUCAAAUUCAAUCAAAUGCAGCAGCUGUAAGGAUGGAAGAGGUCUUGGGUGGUGCUGCAGCAGUGGCCCGAUGUGCUAGAGUAGCAAAAAUCGGCACAAUGGCUGCACAAUUUUCAAGGGUAGCACGUGUGGCAGAAGUAGCAACUGGUGUGCUCGCUGGCUUGUUUGUGGCAGUGGACAUCUUUUUUAUUGCCAUGGAUGCUAAAGAGAUAAGCAACAUCAAACAGGCACAGGAAGAUGGUGAAACUUCAUCUGAGAUCAUGAAGUUCGUCCUCGCCAUCAGAAACUCUGCAGAAGAGUUGCAGGAAGUUUUGGAUGAGUUAAAACUCACGAUCACACAGAUCAACAUUGAUGAGGUAAAGAAAGCGUUGGAGUUGGACUACACAACAUUCAAGUAAACCAGAGGUCAAACUCUGCUCGUUCUGAUUGUUGCCUCUGGCUUUCUUGCAGGUGUGUGUACAAUGUUUCGACAGAUUCAAAGCAGAUUUUACAGAGAACAAGGUUUAAUUUGAGUUCCGACUGCUGAGUAAAACUCCAACAAAGACUGACAUUUCAAUUUAGUCAGCCAGUACUAAGUUAUGAUUUUUCAAAAAUCAUUGGUCGAGUGGGUGGUGUGACACAUGCAUACAUCAAAUUUGUAACUUUUUUUUUAAUGUUGCAAAUCAUCACUUAAAUAUAAUAAAGUUCAGCUAUUUAGUCUUAAUUUAAAAUCCUUGCUAAUUAGGGAUGAACAUUUCUAGGAAAAUUACUCUUUAAAAGUCACUGACAGUUACUACAAAAUUAAAUAGAUUAGCCAGUAUAAUUAUUGCACCCUAACAGAUAAAGCACAUCUCUGCACUAAUUUUAACUUCAGAAACGCUCAAUUUCACUUGACAUUACUAAUUUCACUAACUGUGAAAAAGGAUCAAGCUGGAUAUUUCUGCUUCCUUUGUUUAAUGACCUUUAGAAACAUUGUUUUAAAUAUAGGUAACUGUAAUCUAAAAUUAUCUUUAAGAAAAACAAAUAAAUGCCUGUUUGAACAUUUAAAAAGCACUGUAAAACAUUGAUACUAAUAUAUUAUGUACUAUGCCUUUUUCCUUGAUUUCAUGUAUUGUAUGUUAACACUGACUAUAAUCACUAUGCUAUAAUUACAGUGACUAUAAUUUUCUAUUUUUUCUGUCCAGUUUUUAUUGUUUGAUUAAACCAUGUACU